AUGAGUGGACGGGCCCGUGCGAGGGCGCGAGGCAUCACCACUGGCCACAGUGCCAGGGAAGUGGGGCGGUCCUCAAGAGACCUCAUGGUUACAUCUGCCAGUCCUGGGGACAGUGAGGCCGGAGGUGGGACAAGUGUCAUUUCACAGCCAUAUGAGCUUGGUGACUCUUCUGGUGAUGGUGGAUGUACCUUCAUGGAAAGAAGAGGCAACGGCAGACAGGACUUCGAAGAGUUGGGUGUCUGUACCAGGGAAAAGUUGACCCACGUAAAAGAUUGUAAAACAGGUUCUAGCGGAAUACCUGUGCGGCUGACUACAAAUCUCUUUAAUUUAGAUUUGCCCCAGGAUUGGCAGCUGUACCAGUACCAUGUCACGUACAGCCCAGAUUUAGCCUCUAGGAGGCUGAGGAUUGCUUUGCUUUAUAAUCACAGCAUACUCUCAGACAAGGCAAAAGCAUUCGAUGGUGCCAGCCUUUUCCUCUCAGAAAAGCUGGACCAAAAGGUCACAGAACUGACAAGUGAAACGCAAAGAGGUGAGACUAUAAAGAUAACGCUCACCCUAACGAGCAAGCUCUUCCCAAACUCCCCUGUGUGCAUUCAGUUCUUCAAUGUCAUCUUCAGAAAGAUCUUUAAAAAGUUGAGUAUGUACCAAAUUGGACGGAACUUCUAUAAGCCUUCAGAACCAGUGGAGAUCCCUCAGUACAAAUUGUCCCUGUGGCCUGGGUUUGCCAUUUCUGUGUCUCACUUUGAAAGCAAACUCCUAUUCAAUGCUGACGUGAACUACAAAGUCCUCCGCAAUGAGACCGUUCUGGACUUCAUGACUGAUCUCUGCCUCAGAACUGGCAUGUCUUGCUUCACCGAGACGUGCCACAAACAACUAGUGGGGCUCAUUGUCCUUACCAGAUACAACAACAAAACAUAUCGUAUCGAUGACAUUGACUGGUCUGUGAAGCCCACACAGGCCUUUCAGAAGCGGGACGGCUCAGAGGUCACGUAUAUGGAUUACUACAAGCAGCAAUAUGAUAUCACCUUAUCUGACCUAAAUCAGCCAGUGCUUGUCAGUCUGUUGAAAAGAAAGAGGAAUGAUAACUCUGAGCCUCAGAUGGUCCACCUGAUGCCAGAGCUCUGCUUUCUCACAGGCCUGAGCAGCCAAGCAACCUCAGAUUUCCGCCUGAUGAAGGCAGUAGCUGAAGAGACUCGGCUCAGUCCUGUGGGAAGGCAGCAGCAACUGGCCCGACUCGUGGAUGACAUCCAGAGGAACCCAGUGGCUCGGUUUGAGCUUGAGACCUGGGGAUUGCAUUUUGGAAGCCAGCUAUCCCUGACUGGCCGGGUUGUUCCCUCUGAAAAAAUCCUGCUGCAGGACCACACAUGUCAACCUGCAUUUGCUGCUGACUGGUCCAAAGAUAUGCGAUCUUGCAAAGUUUUGAGUUCUCAGCCUUUGAAUAGAUGGUUGAUCGUGUGCUGUAACAGGGCUGAGCACUUGAUUGAAGCCUUUCUGAGCUGUCUGAGGAGAGUUGGAGGUGCCAUGGGAUUUAAUGUGAGCUACCCUAAAAUCAUAAAAGUGGACGAGACCCCAGCAGCGUUCCUUCGAGCCAUCCAGGUGCACGGCGACCCUGAUGUUCAGUUGGUGAUGUGCAUUCUGCCUUCUAAUCAGAAGAACUAUUACGACUCCAUUAAAAAGUAUUUGAGCUCUGACUGCCCAGUGCCAAGCCAGUGUGUGCUGACCCGGACCUUGAAUAAGCAGGGAAUGAUGCUGAGUGUGGCCACCAAGAUUGCCAUGCAGAUGACCUGCAAACUUGGCGGAGAGCUGUGGGCUGUGGAGAUUCCAUUGAAGUCCCUGAUGGUCGUGGGUAUUGAUAUCUGCAGAGAUGCCCUCAACAAGAAUGUGGUGGUCGUUGGGUUUGUAGCCAGCAUUAAUUCCAGGAUCACCAGGUGGUUUUCCCGCUGUGUCCUUCAGAGAACAGCCACUGAUAUUGCAGACUGCCUCAAAGUCUGCAUGACUGGUGCUCUCAGCAAGUGGUACAGGCACAACCAUGAUUUGCCGGCACGGAUAGUCGUGUACCGGGACGGUGUAGGCAAUGGCCAGCUAAAGACAGUUUUGGAAUAUGAAGUCCCACAGCUACUGAAAAGUGUAACAGAGUGUGGUUCGGAUGCCAGGAGCUGCAGACUGUCCGUAGUUGUGGUCAGGAAGAGAUGUCUACUGCGCCUCUUUGCUUCGACUGGCCACACUGUGCAGAACCCCCCACUCGGCACUGUUGUGGACUCAGAAGCAACACGUCCGGAGUGGUAUGACUUCUACCUGAUCAGCCAGACUGCUAACCGUGGGACUGUUAGUCCCACCCACUACAACGUCAUCUAUGAUGACAAUGCCUUGAAGCCGGACCACAUGCAGCGACUGACCUUCAAACUGUGCCAUCUCUACUACAACUGGCAGGGCUUAAUCAGUGUCCCCGCGCCAUGCCAGUAUGCACACAAGCUGACCUUCCUGGUGGCACAAAGUGUCCACAAGGAACCAAGUCUGGAAUUAGCCAAUAAUCUCUUCUACCUCUGA